AUGCAGAGUUUCCCAAGGGACUACCCGGGACUCUUUUACGUGGAUGUAGUAUGGAUUGGCUUGGUGUCCAUUGCUGGUGUUAUCGGCAACUCCCUAGCGCUCUGUGCUGUGGCCACCACCCCGUCUCUACGAACAACAACACAACUCAACAUCACCAUCUUAGCAGCUGUGGAUCUUGUUGUAACGGCGGUCAUCCUCCCUUGCCGCAUUGUCUCAGAGUACUACCCUGAUCAGUGGCCCCACCGGGAGUCCUGGUGUCACUUCCUAGCUUAUGCCAUAGUCUUCUUCAUGGGCUACUCUCUUCAGCAGCUAAUGUACCUGUCGCAGAGUCGGUUCCUACGGGUGACCAAAUCCGAAGCGUUCCACAGGAAGGCCGCGAAACCACUCAACAUCAUUCAGCAGGUCUGUGCCGUCUGCAUCACAAGAUAA